AUGACGUGGGUAACGUUUGGAAAUUGAUGACAAAAAACCGAGUCGCGUGUCGAGAAACGCGUCAGGACGAGCACCGAAAAUGCGCCAGCAGUGUUCACUGGCCUGUUUUCGGUGCUGAGCAUUUCGAGCCCGACCAUAGCAAAACGUGCUUUGAAAGUGUGAAUAAUAAAUGGAGAAUUAGAAAAAGCAUCAGGUGAACAUGAAAUACAAGCAAAAUUUAAAUUUCCGGGCUGAAAACUAUUUUUUUUCUCGUGAAUGUGCAAUAACAACAACAAUACUAUCUGUCUGACGUCUCUUCUUUCCGGUUACUAUGACACCUAUUAAUAUAAGAAAAAUAGUAUAGUGAGCAAUUUGCAAAGAAAACAUCUUUACUUGAAAAAUGGUUUUUUUGUCUUUUCGGAAACUUUUCUGAUUUGUGACAAGUAGUAUGAGAUUAGGAGGAGGAGAAGAAGAAGAACAAAAGAGGAAUGAGCCUAUUAUAUUCAGAGUCAGAGCACCGGAAAAGUGCACUUUUUUCUUCUGACGUCUUCCCUUUUUCUCCCCAUUUUUUUUGGUUUUAUUAGUACGUCUAGGCUUGUCGCCACGUCAUCAAUUGCAUCGAAUACACCUCAAUUACAGCCCCGUAAAAAUUCAAUUAUUCACCGAGAAAAUUAGAUUGUUUUCUGCCCAUUUUGCAACUUUCGACCAAAUAAUUGCAUGGCUCCCCAGCCUUCCAGGCUGUCCAACAUAAUAGAAUAGAACUGUUUUUGUGAAUUUAUAUGAGCAUUUUGUCCGUUCCUUUUAAUUAACUUUCGCAAAAUUUUGUCGUCUCUUGAACAUUUAAGCAGAAGACCACAGUUUAAACCUAGAAAAUUGGUUUCCUUUCGUUUUUGAUAGUACAAUAAAAUUAUUUUCUGUGGGUUUUCGUUACCGUAGAGAAGAGGGAUCACGACGGAAGUGAAAUUAAUGAAUGCAAUAAAUCGAUCACGAGAUUUAAAAAUUAUCUUUUGUUUACGAAACAAUUAUUCUACUGAAAGGUUUAAAAGACGCUCCAAACAGCCACGGAACCCCAGCAUUCCAAUGCGCAAGCGAGUUGUCAAUGGGGCGCGCUUGCAUCCACCGUCGACUCUGAGUUUCUUUUUUUCAAUUGAAAACCAGAAUUCUUUCGUUUUUCUCUUAAUACGCACUCAAAUUUUGUUCUUUGCGAACCGUAGGGCGAUUGUCUGAGUUAAGAGCAUCGAUUUAAGCGCGAAACUGAGCAGAUUCGUUCAGAAUUGACCAAAUUUAGGGAUUUUGUUGAAAACUACUGAAAAAAAAACGAAUCGAACCGAAUCGAGUUCGGACACUGGCAUUCGAACCGUCCAGUCGACAAGGAGUUUAUUGCGCAUCUUUUAAGCGCUCAACCGUCGAAAAAUAUACAGAAUUGAGAUAAUUGAGGCAAAUUUUCGAUUUCAAAAGGAAAAAAAUUAUGUAAUUUUCGCAUAAAACGUUUCGAAAUUGAUAACGAAGCAGUUAACAUUUCAUUUUUUAUUCAUUUCUAAUCAUUAUUACAAGUUUUGACACUGAUUGGUUCUGAAAAGAUGGGGAUAAUGCAAAAAAAAGGGAAAAUUGAAAUGAGGAACUCUACAACGACGCUCCGGAAUUACGCGUUACGCGCCUUGUUUAGCGCACUUGAAUUGCGCCAAGGGAAUGUUUUAUUGGAAGGCUGGGGUUCCGUGCGUAGUUCUAUUAUGUUGGACCGCCGCCUUCCAAUCCGCGAAACAAUUUCGUGCUGCGUCUUUAAACAGUUACCGUAAUCUUCAAACUUGUGAGUCUCUAAAAUGACGUACUAACUUUGCAAAUUCCUGAAUUUUUGCACUAAAAUAGCGAAAAUACAGUGAAAUUUGAUGGGGAGAGUGCUAAUUUUGAAAGUGCAAUUAUUUUUGUCAAUUCUGAACGAAAAUCGAAGCUCUCAACUGUCGACAAACAAAAUGUCAAAGUUUGAGAAGAGAAACUUGAGAAUGAAACGAAUUCCGAGUCUGUGGAUGAUGCAAACGCGCUCUAUUGAGAAUGUGUGCUUUGAAAGACGGGGGCGCCGUGUGGAUUUAGGGAUAAUUGAAUUCAGGAAGGAUUCAUCAAAGCUCGAAAAUGUAUAAGAUAAUUCAAUUUUUUUCCCCCACUUGCCGCCAAUUUUCUGAUUUCUGCUCCUUUUUGUUUGAGCCGUCCGAAUUAGUCACGAUUUCUGCGAAUAUCCUCUUUACAUUUGCCGCCCGACUAAUACGUCUUUUCACCCACAUUUUAUAUUCUCGUCAUCAUCUUUUCCAUUUAUAUUUGACUGAUUUCUGUCUAGUUUGAUCGUAUUUCCUGUGAAUUUUUGGAUUAAAGAAGACAACUUUGAGUCAUAGACAUUUCCGUAUGGUGCAUGUGAUCUCUGGUCCAGACAUCAAUUUCCUCAUUGCAAAAUCUGUAUAUACAAAUUGAAUAGAAAAAAUACGCUAAUUUGUUGAUGAGUGAACACAACAUAAAAUGUUAGCGAUGUUUCGCACGUUUGGUUUUUUAGUUGUUCGGUGUUUUUGGCGCGCAAAAAGCUGCGUGAAUAUUGAUGUUUGACUUUCGAAAUUUCGGAUUACCGCCGCUCGGAUCCGCCCGGAACCGAGCGAUCACAUUUUUUGUUGGACGUUUGCCGACAAAACAUCACUUUUUCCGCCAGAAACUUCGAGUAUAUCUGUUUGAAAGAGGAGUAAAACUAGACGCUUUCUUUUCUCAGUUCUAUGCCACGUUGUCAGAAUUUGCUGGACAUGAAAUCGAUCUCUUAUCACCAAAGUGUAUAGGAGAUCGAGUGCAUGCCAACACUUCCAAAUUUAAAAAAAAAGUUUAUCAAAUUUUUGAAACCGCAUUUUUUCUCGAUGAAAAUUUUCAGUUUCAAACACUCCGUAAUACGUAUUAUUAAUACUGAGUGAAAAUUGAAAAAAAUAUAAAUUUAUAAUGUUCGUUGGUGAAUUGAAAGGUUUCCGCCCAAUAUUCUAUACUUGCGGAUUCGGCUGUCUUUUUUUGUGAGAACAUCUUUCCAUUUGGCAGUUUUUCUUCUCAAAAAUCAGAAAAUGUGCUCCGUUUGUUUGUUUUUGGCGAUCCGAAAAUCGAAAGAGCAAGUCUGAAAAUUGUUUUCUUUUUUUCCUCGGUGAGAUCAAAAAAAUAAUUAGUCCAAGAUCGGCGUGGAUUUCGGCCGGAAAAAUCUGGAAAAACACCAGAAAAUCAGGUGAAAAUUGAUGGAAAUCACCGGAUUUUCAACCUUUUUCGAGAUUGUUUUCGCUUUGGUCUCCGCGUCGAAAAUGAGCAACAAAAAGAGCAGCGAAGAGUGGGCGGAGCCGGAAGGGAGAAUAAAGGAGACUAAUGAAACCGAUUUUUUUAGGGUAAAAAUGUUGACCAACAUUCUGCCGACUUCUGGCGCAUUCUGGGAUCGAUCGUUGACGGUUCCGACGGAAAUUCCGACAAAUUUCGCACAAAACGACUUGCAUACCGUCACUUUUUCGAACAUGCUUCGAGCGAGUGCUGACGAGCAGACGAGCACCAGCGCCAGUGCGAAACACGUCGUCGGACGGCUUCAGAUGGUCAGUUUAGUGUUGGAAAAUGUGUUCCCCUACUCUAUGGGAGUACCCCCUUAUGGGGUUAUUCAGGCUGUCAAAAAAUGAUUUUUUUUUCCUUUUUUUUCCUUUUUUACGUCAAAAAACCCAAUUCAGCGGUGUAAAAAACGAAAAAAACGGGAAACAAACAUACGCUGAAUAGCCCCAUUAAUGUUUUUCUCAAAAAUGUUCGGUACAUCUCGAGUUACACCGCUUCAAAGUUGCCCGGUUUUCUGACGAGGCGGCGCAGUUUGUUGCAUGAACACAUUAAUUGCGAUCAAAUUUGACGCUCUUGCGCUUGAAAACAUCGUUUUUACCUAGACAACGCACAAUCGAGAAUUUAUCGAUUUUUCGCUGCUACUAUUGCGAGAAAACACGAAAUUUGCAGCCAUGUCAACCGAAGCCGAGGCUGUGCGAAGUGUGCGGCAACGCGGGCGCCACUUCCCAUUACGGAGGGACCGUGUGCGGCGGCUGCAAGAUAUUCUUCUCGCGAACCGUCCAAAGUCGGAAGGGAUUCGUGUGCGAACGCGAGGGACAGUGUCCGAUGAACGCGGGCAAACGGGCAAAGUGUCGCGCGUGCCGGUUCCAGUUGUGUUUGAGGGCGCACAUGAGUCCUGAAGGUAAAGGUUUUUUUUAGAGACUUGAAAAACAUGUCAUUAGCGAGAGACUCUGAAAAAAUUGUUGACCGUUUAGUACUGAGUUUUCUUACUUUUUUUGUUGUCUGAAUGUCCACCAAAACGACCAUCAGAAAAAUUGUACGAUUUAUGUCAAUGAUUCAAAAACCGAAUAAGUGUUUUCUGCACAUAUCAGUGAUCCGUUGACUUUUGUAACUGUUUCACAAAUCUCUUGAAACAGUGAAUUGGAAUUGUUCUUUAUUCAGAAGUGGGACGUCUACGCGACAUGAGAAUGGGCGAAUUUGCGCCGAUUAUCAAGAAUGAAGGAUCGGUGGUGGGCUAUUUCGAUGAGAAUUCGCAGCCAUCGGUAAGCAUUUUUCGAUGAUAAAUUAGUGGGAAAGUAUGCAAAUUUUUUUGCGAUUUGCAGACCAGCAUGGAGUAUUGUGUGAGCCGCAUUCCGUCUUUCACCGAAACCUACCGCUUUUGCACGAGUGAAACUGCAAUUUUGAGCAUUUUUGUCAAUUUGGAGAGGUGAGUUGGCAAAUUUUUUUAUGGUUUUACUUACUAAACAAAUUGCAGAUCUUGUGAAAAUAACGGAGCAAUCAAGCACGCUGAAUUUUUUCCAAAAAAGUUUAACGCCGCAAUCGAUAUGAUAAAUGCCAUCACUUUCCCGGUGCCAAUUUGUGAAAAAAUUCCUGUAAGUCUAAAGUGUUCUUCUAAAUUCACAAAAAGCGAAUUUCAGAUGGAUUAUUUGCGAGAACUAAUACUGAAAGAGCCCAAAAAUACAUUGAAAUUGUACUGGUGCCGAAAUGUGCUCCAUUUUUUAGAGUGGACUCAAGCCAACGACGAUUUCAAUCGAUUUUCGAUGAGCGAAAAGGUAACACGGUAUCCGGCGCGAAAAUUCGAGGCGAAAAAGCGUUGUCGCAAGUUUAUUCGCAAGGUUUAAAGUUUUUUGGCUGAACCAGUGUUAAUUUUAGUUGAUUUUUCGGUAAUUCGUGGUGUUCGAGCGCUCAAAAUGAUUGUAUUUAAAUAUUUACGCAGUUGAUAAUUCUCAGAACCAAUUUUUUCGGAAAACGGUCAACAAUGCGCAAAAUGACGGCGAAAGAGCGAAAUCCGCGAAAAAUGCGCGACGCCCAUAUUGUAAACCAUUUUCAGAUUCAUCUAAUCGCCGAGAACUUCCUGUCCGUGUCUUGUUUGACAACUUUUUACGGAUUUUUGAAAAAUCAACGAGAAAAAUUCGAAACUUUGACGGAAGAGACCGUUCCGCCGCCGUGCGCCGUCGAGUGGUUCUCAGAAAUUGUUCAGUGAGUUGUUCGCUUUUUCUUUCACACUUCUCGAGCCUGAAAAUAUUCCAGACUAUCACACGAGGCCAAAAUUGCAAUUCAAAAAGCGAUCGCCGAAAUAAUGGAGCCAAUGGACUCAUUGGACAUGAGUUUCGAAGAGCUCAUUCUUCUCAAAUUCAUUCUUCUUUUUAAUGGUAUUUUUUGAGAGCUUUUAGGGCCCAAAAAUUGUAUUUUUAAUUUUUAAGGAAGUUCUUCUUAAUAGAACUCCCCUUAAUAGAGUUCCCAGGAAUUUUUCGCCAUUUUUGACCGAAAAUUCCAGAACCGGCGGCUCGAAGCUCGUACGAUUCACGCCGAAUCCGCUGCUACCGCCUCAAGUAUUGUGAAUUAUUGCAAAAAUAUAUAAAAGCACAAAUUGCGGACCCGGACAAACGGAUUGCUCGAAUCGGAGAGCUUUUGAAGAUUGUCGAAGCCGUGAAGGUAGAAUUUCAGAAAAAAAUCGCAAAAAAAUCGCAAGAAAUUUCAGAACACUGCCACAUACCUGGACACGUGGCUGACAAUGUUUUACGCCUCGAAUACGUGUGAUAUGAACGAUGUGCUAGUCUACGAUUUUCACGUGCGCGCGUGGAGUUGUGACGUGGCACCGCAGGGAAUGUACAUGAAAAGCGAAUAUUGA